CGAAAAAGAACUUUCUCAGAUGAGCUCCUCGGGGCUGCUGCGGAGGUGCGCUGCUCCAAGAUCAAAACCAGCCCUGUUCCUCCUGAGAAAAACCCUCAUCUGGCCCCAGCCCAGGGCAGGCCAGGCCUUCAUGCUGCUGUGGGUGACAGUGCUGGUCCUGGCUCCUGUCAGUGCACAGUCUGAAGCUGCAUCCAAACCCGUGAUCUCCCUCCACCCUCCAUGGACCGUCGUCUUCAAAGGAGAGACUGUGACUCUGACAUGCAAUGUGUUUCACUUUCACGCACCAGAAAAAAGAAGACGGUUCCUUUGGUACCUCGGGGAGAGAAAACUACAUGAAACCUCAGGAAACAGCCUGGAGGUCCGUGACUCUGGACAGUACAGAUGCCAGACCCAGGACUCGCUCCCAAGUGACCACGUGAGCUUGACCUUUUCUUCAGCGAACCUGAUCCUGCAGGGCCCCCCUUACGUGUUUGAAGGCGACUCUGUGGUUCUGAGAUGCCGAGCAAAUGCAGAACUAGCACUAAAUGCCACAACACUCUACAGACGUGGCGAGGUCCUGAGGCUCUCUACUGAGAGCUCUCACUUCCACAUUAAAGACGCAGGACUCAAAGAUAACGGAGACUACCAUUGUUCUGGAUUUAAGAAUGAUUAUUCUUACUCUUCAAACACAAUCAAUAUCCAAGUCCAAGAACUGUUUCCACGUCCCGUGCUGACAGCCAGGCCCUCCUGGUCCAUCAUUGGGAAGUCAGUGACCCUGACCUGUGAGACCCAGCUACCUCCACAGAGGUCAGACGUCAAGCUCUGGUUCUACUUCUUCCAAGAUGGCCAGAAGCUGGAGGUCAGCUUGAAAAACUUCCUGAAAACCUCAACCACCACCAUGAGGGGCCAAAAGCCACAGUAUUACUGGUGCGAGGCCCGCAGAGGGUCUUCCGGUGUCUGCAAACAGAGCCAGAAAGUGCAGCUACACGUGCCGAUCCCCGUGUCUCGUCCUAUCCUCACCCUCAGCCCCCCUGGGGCCACCGUUCCUGAGGGACAUACGGUGACGCUUUCCUGCAAAGCCGAGAGAGGCUCUUUCCCAAUCUUGUACCAGUUCCUUCGUGAGGAAGUCGUCAUCGGGAAGAUGGAGGCCACUCAGGGCACGAAGUCCUUCAUGUCUCUGAAGGCAAAGCAUUCUGGAAACUACUACUGCACCGCGGACAACGGCCUGGGUCCCCAGCGCAGCCCACCCGUGUACCUCACUGUCAUCGUCCCGGCGUCGCGCCCCGUCCUCACCGUCAGGAAGCCCAGGGCCCAGGCCGUGGAGGGAGACAAGGCGGAGCUUCACUGUGAGGCCCCGAGGGGCUCUCCCCCCAUCCUCUACCGGUUUUACCACGAGGGCGACGCCCUGGGGAGCAGCUGGGACUACCAUGGAGGAGGAGGGUCCCUCACCCUGCACCUGACUGCAGAACAUUCUGGAGAAUAUGCCUGCGAGGCCGACAACGGCCUGGGCGCUCAGCGCAGUGAGGCGGUGCCCCUCAGCGUCACAGUCCCGGCGUCGCGCCCCGUCCUCACCGUCAGGAAGCCCAGGGCCCAGGCCGUGGAGGGAGACAAGGCGGAGCUUCACUGUGAGGCCCCGAGGGGCUCUCCCCCCAUCCUCUACCGGUUUUACCACGAGGGCGACGCCCUGGGGAGCAGCUGGGACUACCAUGGAGGAGGAGGGUCCCUCACCCUGCACCUGACUGCAGAACAUUCUGGAGAAUAUGCCUGCGAGGCCGACAACGGCCUGGGCGCUCAGCGCAGUGAGGCGGUGCCCCUCAGCGUCACAGUCCCGGCGUCGCGCCCCGUCCUCACCGUCAGGAAGCCCAGGGCCCAGGCCGUGGAGGGAGACAAGGUGGAGCUUCACUGUGAGUCCCCAAGGGGCUCUCCCCCCAUCCUCUACAGGUUUUACCACCAGGGCGAUGCCCUGGGGAGCAGCUCUGCCCCCUCUGGAGGAGGAGCAUCCUUCAACCUCUCUCUGACUGCAGAACAUUCUGGAAACUACUCCUGCGAGGCCGACAAUGGCCUGGGAGCUCAGUGCAGUGAGGCGGUGUCACUCAGCAUCAUAGUCCCGGUGUCCUGCCCCGCCCUCACCCUCAAGGUGCCCAGGGCCCAAGUCCAGGUGGGGGACGUGGUGGAGCUUCGCUGUGAGGCCCAGAGGGGCUCUCCCCCCAUCUUGUACCAGUUUUAUCGUGAGGACAUCCCCGUGGGGAACAACUCGGCCCCCUCUGGAGGAGGAGCGUCCUUCAACCUCUCUCUGACCACAGAACAUUCUGGAAACUACUCCUGUGAGGCUGACAAUGGCCUGGGUGCCCGGCGCAGCGAGGCAGUGCUACUCAGCAUUUCAGGGCCAGCUGGGAGCAUAAGUGGCCUCGUCGCUACUGGUGUCACUGGGGGGCUGUUCAGCGCCCUGAGCUUUGGGGUCGUGGCCCUGCUGCUGUACUGCCGGCUCCUCAGGAAAGCAGGAGGAAGGCCUACCUCUGACCCCUCCAGGAGCCCUUCAGACUCAGACGUCCGAGAGCCCACCUACCACAAUGUCCCAGCCUGGAUGGAACUGCAGCCAGUGUACAGCAAUGUGAACCAUAGAGGAGGAGAAGUGGUGUACUCGGAGGUCCGGAGGGGUCCGCAGGGGGACAGACCUGCAGCAAACUCAGAGUCCGCGCUAGGGCUCCUCUGGACCCACCUGCCUUCCCGCUGCCAGGCCGCCGGCUACUGGCCUCCCGACCCCCAGGGCUCGUCUGUCAUCUACUCCCAGGUGAAGGUGGUGUGCCCCCCGGUCUCCGCGGCUCCUCGCAGCUGAGUCCACACACACCCUGUGCAUUGCAAGCCCUCCUGGGGACCCGGACACCAGCGUGGGGAGAUAUGGCUCCUGGCCCCAUCCCCCAGCCUCUGCCCUCGGUGUGACCGGAGCACAGGCACUGCAGGAUGCCACCGUUUCCCAAGUGACAGCCCGCCCCUCGGGGUCUUUCUGUCCAGUGACAUGUUGCUCCCACGAGGGCCAUCCUGUCCCCUGGCUUCCUUAGCGGGCUUUAGCUGAGGUCCCUGUUCUGGGUCCCACUCCCACGCACACCCUGACCACUCCCAGUGGGACCUGCUUCUGGACCUCGAGGAGGCCACCUGCCCCCUGCACUGACACCUAUCCCCCACAGACACCUGCCCCACACGGACACCUGUGCCCCAUGGACACCUGUCCCCCACGGACACCUGCCCCACACAGACACCUGCCCCACACGGACACCUGUCCCCCAUGGACACUUGCCCCACACGGACACCUGUGUCCCAUGGACACCUGUCCCCCAUGGACACCUGCCCCCCACAGACACCUGCCCCCACGGACACCUGCCCCCUACGGACACCUGUCCUCCAUGGACACCUGCUCCCCUGCAUGGAGGCCCACCCCCGUCCCUCCCCACGAGCCCUCCGGUGUGGGUGCGGGAAGUCCUCCCAGCUGUGCAGAGCUCUUGUGGGGAGGCUCAUCCCCAUCCCUGUGAGGAGACCUGCACCUUCCGACAGAGACGCCUCAGAACAUCGGGUGGACCGAGGAAGCCCGAGAGCCUGAUGGAAACCUUAACUGGAUUCUGGGUAAAGAAAAAGCCACAGGAGAAACUUUGGGGGCAGUUGAACAUGAACUAUUUAUUAUUGAUACUAUGGAAUCAAUGAUCUGACAUUAUUUUAAGAAUAUUUGAAAA